UUCAGGAAGAUUAUACCAAGAACAUUUCACCUCUCGGAAGUCAGAAAACUGCUCCUACGUCCAGUUGAGCAAGUAGCAUCUUCACUCCUGAGGGCCCGCUCUUCUCUUCUCUCCCUCCAGAAGAUCCAUCAGCUCGUCAACCAGCAUGACUCUUUGGUCCCACCUCCUGUCCACCCUGGUCCUCUUGUCUUUCUUCAGCAGUGCCUGGUGCAGUCCCAUGUGCAACAACCAGUGCUGUCGUUUCGUGGAAGUCUUCCCUGUCAGGCUAAAGAAGCUCAGAGAGGACUAUUCACAGAUCAGAGAUUUCUUUGAAGCAAACGAUGACUUGGACACAGCGCUGCUGGACCAGAGCGUCGAGGACUCUUUUAAAAGCCCGUUUGCCUGCCACGCCAUGAACAGCAUACUGGACUUUUAUCUGUACACGGUUUUGCCGACAGCCAUGGCUGGAGUGACUGAAGACACUAGGGACUUACAGCCUUACAUGGAGUCUAUACAGCAGAUCUUCGACGAGCUCAAGACUGAUGUCACCAAGUGUAGACGUUACUUCUCCUGCAGGAAACAGUUUGACAUCAACAAUCUAAACUCUACUUACAAUCAGAUGGAAAGUAAAGGUCCAUAUAAGGCUAUGGGCGAGCUGGAUCUGCUGUUUAACUACAUUGAAACAUAUCUGGCUUCUAAAAGGCACAGAAACCUAGUGGCCACUCAUUGAAGACUGGCUGACCCUCAUCAAAUGUGACCCUGUUCAUCGCAGGAAAAAGAACACAGCCUUAAAUACCUACACUCUUUUGCAUUCAAUCUGUUAUUUUCACUGGUAUGAGUGUUGCUAGAUGUUUUUGCAGUCUGCUGAACUGAUGUCUUAGUUAUUCUGAGACUUCUGUUUUUGUCCCGGGGACAAGCUUAUGUUUUAAGACCAUAUUGAGUUCUACACAUAUAAAGUUACAAGCAAAACUGUCGCUUAUGAAGCUGUGAUAUUUAUUUUUAUCAUAUAUAAUAUGUAUUGUUGUAUUUAUGAUGACUAAUAUCGUAUUGUUGCAGAUGAAUAAAUGACUUGUUGAUAAUGAA